UCCAGCUUGUACCCUCCUGCAGUCAGGAUGCAGACCAUUCAGACUGUAGAGACCCAGGUACCUUUCCUGAAGGAGAGCUUCUUCACCACAGCGUUUAAAGACAGGAGGAAGAGUAGUGUGACUAACCUGCUCCGCAGACAGCAACAACAACAACAUCAUACUCACCAUCCGCUUCCGCCUUCUCUGGACGGGGAGGAGCCUCGCAUUGAGCAUGCUCGACUGGGUCGCUCAUCCAGCAGCCCGUUAUGCAACAAAGCAGAGCGAGCAGAUAGGAGCAGGGAGGGGGAGGGAGACAGUGAGUCUGUCAGCCUCCUCUCAGCAGCAGCAUCCUCACAGCUGCUCCUGACACCGACGAGCAGGCAGGGAUUAGUGCUGAGCUCCCGGAGAACCAGUUCAGCAACCCAUGAGAAACAGCCCCAGCAGCAUGGCCUGAUCGCCAAGGGGGUCCGCCUGUUUAGGAACAUGGGGAACCAGGAGGCCAAGCAGAGGAAGGUGGUUGGGGGAGACACCCCCUGUGAUGGGGGAGCCGAGGACAGAGAACCGGAGUGCUCUAAUAAAGGCAAGAAAUCCAAAGGGGGAGAUGCCGGCAAGAAGAAAUCCAAAUCGGAAUCCAAAAGCUCUGUGUUUUCCAGUAUGCGGCUCAGGAAGAGUCUGUCGAAGGCGAAGGGGUUGUCCAAGGAGGAUAUCCUGGACAGCAAGGGAUCCCAGCUGGAGGAGACUGGUGGGGUCAACAGCAGCCUCUCGGCAGAUGAGCUGGGAAUGAUGUCGGAUGGUGAGCCAGAACAAGGCCACUUGACAACAUCGGGGCCGGAGGACGAGGGCCAGAGGAUUAGUUCAGGAUCAGACGGGGACCUCUACAGCUUCCACUCUGCUGCGGCUGAUCAUGAAGAUCUGCUGUCGGACAUCCAGCAGGCUAUUAGGGAGCAGCAUGGGGCCUCUGACGGGGUCCUGGAUAGGGUCACUGUCCCUUUGGCUGAGGGGGUCACCUCCCCCAUCUCCGAUGAUGAUGUUGAACCCCUAGCCCCUGACCCCACUGACCCACAAGAGGUAGUCUGCACUCAGGGGCCAGACCUGGACAAGGGACAGGUGGAUGAGACACCUGUUGUUCCUGAUACUGUAGGACCAGACCAAAGUGCUGAGCUUGGACAGUCAGAGGCAGAGGGAGGUGUUGCAUCUGGGGAGGAGUCAGAUUUAGGUUCACCAAGUGACAGUGGCCCCUCCUCUGCUGCCUUCGACACCGAGAGGAGCAGUGGAAGCCCCCUGCCCAAAACCACCAGUACCUACAGCUUCCCAGACACCACCGCCACCACCACAUCCUAUGAGAGCGCCGAGGAGCCCCAGGACGACCUGGAGAGUCCGGUGGUGACCUCCCAGCUGACUCAGAGCCAGAGCUUUGAUGAGGGGGGUAGCACCAUCGAGGGGGUCAGGUGCAUCAGGUUGGGAACGACCUCAGGGUCACCCAGAAGUGUCAGUAACAUGGACCUGACUGUGGAGAGGGAGGAGGGGGACAGGGGGAGAGACUUCCGGUCUAUGAGCAGGAGGAAGAGUAGCUAUUCUGUCUCUCUGCUGACGGCUGACAGUUCUAAAAGAGCCCUUUCCAGAAGGACGUCCUCCACUACCUCCACUGUCAAGCCCUAUCCUCCCAUCCACCCUUCCUACGUGAAGACCACCACCAGGCAGUUGACAUCCCCCAUAGGCUCCCCCAGCCAAAGCCCCCUUAUCCCCCGUAGGAUGGGGCCAGGCUCUGGGGCAGGGUAUGGGGGCCACAAGGCCCAGCUGUGGAGGACCACCAGGCAAAGGUCCUGCAGUAUCGCCGGGCCUCUCAGUCAUUCUGCAGACUGGACCAAGGAUCUGGAAGGCCUCAGAGCUAGGCAUGAGGAUGCCGCUGACCUCCAGGAGCAUGGGGGGUCAGAGAGAGGCAUCCCAGGGGCUAGUCUGACCCUAGGCACCAGACUACGCCUCUCAGGUGUCCAGAACACCACCACAGGGCCAAAUCAAGAUGUCUUCUCUGGACACACCCUGUUGGAGCGUCUAUGUCUGCAGCAGCAAGGGAAGGGAGUGACGGAGGAGGAGGCGGAGAGGUUGUGUUGUCGUAUGUUGGGCCUGGGGCUGCUGCAGCCCCUCAGUGACUGUUUCAGAGAGCAGCAUGAAGACAUUGUCACUCCAGCCACAGUCACCUUUAAUGAGGACCAGCUGUAUACGUGGGCCACCUUCGGCCUGCCCUCCCACCUCUGGGAACCCCAUGAAGGCCGUACCCCAGGCCGCAUCCAGGACCUGUGGCCCCCUCCACAACCAGCUCAGAUUUCGUCAAAGUCCAGGAAUCUGUCACAAGAAGACAAUGGCAGUGAUAUUCCAGGGCUGGAGAAGACCAUUAAUGACUUGAGGAUAAAGAUGGCAGCACUGGAAAUCCAGCAUGCAUCUCUGGAGAUGGAGAUCGACUCGAAGAAGAGUGGAGAUGGGGACAAUACUGUGGCCUUGGGGGGUAUCAGCCUCGCAGGAAAGAAGAGGAUCGAGGUUUCCGUACAGACAUCCCCUUUGGAGGAGGCCUUUAGAUUUGAAGUGCCUUUCAGGGGAGGGUCAAUCCCCUCCUCAGCCUCUCUCCCAGCAAUCUCCUCCUCCUCCCUCCACAAACCUGAGUUUGUCUGUACCUGCCAACAGCAGCAGCAGAGUGGUACCCAGCCCCCACCUUCUCCCACCCCAGGUAUACCCCCUCCUCCUCCUCCCCUUCCUCCUCUACCUCAGCUCUCUGGAGGGCCCCCACCACCCCCACCCCCUCGUAUGGGCGGAUCCUGUCCCCCACCUCCACCCCCUCCCCUGCCAGGCUUUGGACCUCCACCUCCACCCCCGCCACCAGGUAUUGGCCCCCCUCCUCCGCCCCCACCCCCCGGCGGUGGACCUCCACCUCCCCCAGGAUUUGGCCCUCCUCCCCCUCCCGGUGGAUUCAUGGCCCCCAUGGCCCAGGAGGCUGGCCCUCAGAAGGCACCCAUUGAGCCCCCCAAGCCCAUGAAGCCUCUCUACUGGACCAGGAUCCAGCUGCAUGCUAAAAAGGAUGCGAGUGGUUCUCUGGUUUGGGAGAAGAUCGAGGAACCGUCAGUGGAUUUUGAUGAGUUUGUCAACUUAUUUUCCAAAAGUGCUGUGAAGGAGAAAAAAAAGCCGAUAUCAGACACCAUCACCAAGUCCAAGGCCAAACAGGUGGUGAAGCUUUUGAACACCAAGCGAUCUCAGAAUGUGGGGAUCCUCAUGUCCAGCAUCCACUUGGACAUGAAGGACAUUCAGAAUGCCAUUCUGAACAUGGACAACACUGUGGUGGACCUUGAGACCUUGCAAUCCCUGUAUGACAAUAGAGCCCAGCAAGAUGAGAUGGAGAAGAUUGAGAAGCACAUCAAGUCAUCCAAAGAUAAAGACGACGCAAAGCCAUUGGACAAGCCUGAACAGUUUCUCUUCCAGCUGUCCCAAAUCCCCAAUUUCUCAGGAAGGGUGUUUUGUAUCCUCUUUCAAUCAACCUUUGAUGAAUGUAUCUCCUCCAUCCUCCGGAAAGUUGAAAUCCUUCAGAGAGUGUGUACGACUCUGCAGAGAGGUCAGUGUGUGAUGCAGGUGCUAGGUCUUGUCUUAGCUUUUGGGAACUUCAUGAACGGAGGGAACCGAUCGCGCGGGCAGGCUGACGGCUUCACUCUGGACAUCCUGCCCAAACUCAAGGACGUCAAGAGCAGUGAUAACUCUCAGAGUCUUUUGUCAUUCAUCGUUGCUUACUAUCUAAGGCACUUUGAUGAGGACGCAGGUAGAGAGACCUGUGUCUACCCUCUCCCUGAACCCCAGGAUCUCUUCCAGGCCUCUCAGAUGAAGUUUGAGGACUUUCAGAGAGAUCUACGCAAGCUAAGGAAAGACCUCAAAGCAUGCUCGGCCGAGACAGAGAAGGUCUGUCAGGUCUCUUCUGAAGAGCACCUGCAACCCUUUAAAGAGAAGAUGGAGGGGUUUCUGAGCCAAGCAAAAACUGAUCUGGAGGCACAAGAAACACAACUAGAGAACACUCACAAGAUUUUUUUGGAGCUGAGCAUGUUCUUUUCAGUCAAGGCCAAGGCGGGCGAGAAGGAAGUCUCUCCCAACACGCUGUUUUCUGUGUGGCAUGAGUUCUCCACUGAUUUCAAAGAUCUUUGGAAGAAGGAAAACAAACUGAGGUUACAGGAACGACUGAAAACGGCAGAGGAGGUUUUCAAACAAGCCAGAGAGAAGGUCUCGUACAGCGUCAAACCCAAACAGUCCUCUGGAAUAAAAGCCAAACUCGGUCAGAAGAUCUGAGCCAAUGGACUGGAGAAGUCUUACCCAGGAAAAGUUUGCACAAGUGAGAUCAACACAAUCUGAUAUGUCUUUUUAGCUAUUGUAUUUAAAAAUAUGUUAUGUUCUUUUCUUUUUUUAAUAGUUUAUUUCUGUCAUCCAACUGGUUAUACAUGUAACUAUGCCCAACAUACUUGUUGGAAAGUUUGAUAUAAACCCUGUACCAUGCUUUGGCGCUAUCUGUCAAUGAGAGAUUUCUCCCAAGUCCAAAGUAAGUAUUGUAGAAUUAAUUAAACAGUUAAUUAUUUUUGGACAGAUGCCAUUUUAAUGAGAAAUGCAUCGUUUUACAGUGCGACACACAUGUUCUGGUAUCCAGCCUAUCCCCUGUAGCAUUUGAUAGAAGACACCAGUUAAGACAAUCAUGUUUCAAUAAGCCAUUUCUAUCCAUCCCUGCACUGCCUUCCAGUAUAAAAAGGAGAACAAGAGUGAGCUUGUAUAUAUAUUUGCUUACCAGACAGCAAGUCAAGUGCCUUUAUAGCACACUGAGCUAGUUAAUGACAAAUGAGCCAAUUCAAUUAAUCUACAUUACAACCUGUAUGGAAACCAGACCUGCUUAGUGAAAACUUGCAUUGUGACAAUAAUCAGUUUAUCAUACACUGUAGUUUCAUAGAAGGAUGAUACGUGAUGUACAGUUGUAGUUUAUGCAAUAAAUCAUGAACUUAACCAUGACUUGAGUUUAGCUGCUAAGGUAUUUAGAACCAAGGUAUUUAGUAGGUCAUGAGGAUUUCACAUCAUCCUCUAUUGUUUUUUUUAUUAUGGAACCAUAGCUACAUAUUGAAAUAAUAUUACAAUUUUAAAAAAUAACCUUAUCCACAUUACAUGUAAAAUGAUAUGCAAUCUGUAUGUGACAUAUCCUGUAUGAUUUGUAUGUUUGAAUUGUUUUCCUGUUCUAUGUUUUGUAUGAGCCUUGUAGAGCUGUUGGUGACUGUGUCCCCAUUUGCAAUAACGCCUUUGUUCCUGAUAAAAUACUAUUUAUUGAAGAUGAA